GCACCAACCUCCAACAACCCCCAUUUCGACGAUAAUUCGCCUUCUUUAUAUUUUGAAAUUUGCCAACAGAUAUCACUGCCACCAGCGCUUCACCCUGUUAUGGUUGCCCUGUGUUGAAGGGUUCACCAAGCUCCUCGAGGCUCUACACGUCUCGAGUCAAGUCGCGAAGCCAGGCUUGGCCUUUCGAACUUGAAGCUAUCGCCGGCUUCAAAGGCACUCUUAUAUACACCCAAUUGACUUGCAGACGACAUUAAGCUUUCGCCAUGGCGUCCAGAACAUCAUUCGCCAAUGGCUCGACCAACGGCCUCAGCACGAUCGGGCCCAGAGACCUCCCCGACUCCAUCGCCACACGCUCCGUCCUUCGCUUCUCCGACGUCCCCUCAUCCCUCGACAUCCCCGUCCAAGGCAUGGAUGAAGACGACCAGCAAGCCGUCGAAGUCGACCUGGAAGACCUCCUCGACGACCCGACCGAGCUGUGCACCCUCCUCGAGAACGAACGCGUGAGCCGCAACUUCUGGAUGACCGUCUCGCUCGCCUACGCCAAGCAAAAGAAAAUCGACACCGCGAUCGAGAUGCUCGGCAAGGGCCUCGCGGCCGUCACCGGCGGCCCGAAGGAGAAACUGAGCAUGCUCACCUGUCUGUGCUGGCUGUAUCUGUGGAAGAGCCGCGAGGCGCCUCGCGUUGCGCCGGAGGGCCAGAUGGUUUCCGAAGCGAAGACAAAGGAGUUCUAUUUGCAGCUGAGCACCACGGCGCUCAACGAUGCGACGCGAAUCAACCCCAGCUUUCCCCCGCUGUUUAUGGCGCGCGGUGUUCUAUACCUACUCCGCGCGUCGCUGCAGCCGCCGUCGAAGGCGCCGGCGGCGGGGACGAUCGACCCAGAGAAACUGGAUAUCCUGCGCCAUGCGCUUAAGAGCUUCGAUGACGCAAUCCGCGUUUCGCAGGGCCGUAAUAUGCUCGCUGUGCUCGGGAAAUGCAGGGUCCAGUUUUCGCUGGGCAAGUACGCCGAGGCGCUUGAGGGAUACCAGUUGGCUCUGUCGCGGAUGCCGGAGCUGACGGAUCCGGAUCCACGUAUUGGUAUUGGAGCGUGUUUGUGGAUGCUGGGGCACAAGGGUGACGCGAAGGUGGCCUGGGAGAGAGCGCUCGAGGUCAACGAGAAUUCGAAGAUUGCGAAUAUCCUCCUAGGGCUGUAUCACCUGGAUGCUAGUGGGCAUGUGCCGACGAAUAGCAAGGACUUUAUUGAGACGUACAAGAAGGCCAUGACGGUUUAUACGCAGAAGGCGUUCAAGCUCGACAAAGACCUGCCGCUUACUUGCUCUACAUUUGCUGGGUACUUUUUGUCAAGGAAAUCGCUUGCAAAUACGGAUGCUUUGGCACACAAGGCGAUCCAAUACACGGAUGUUAAUGCUAUUGCCAGUGAUGGGUGGUAUCUGCUGGCGCGGAAAGAGCAUUAUGAAGAUAAUGUUGACCGGGCGGCGGAUUACUACAGACGCUCUGAUGAGGCGCGAGGCGGUGCAGACCGUGGAUAUGUUCCAGCGAAGUUUGGGUCCGCUCAGAUAUCGGUGCUGAAGAGCGACUUUGGCGAAGCGAAAUUUAGGCUGGAGAAGAUAGUUCAGCACUCGAAGAAUGUGGAAGCCAUGAGUUUGCUUGGCACAAUCUACUCUGAGGAGGUCUUCGCGAACCAAUACGGCGCUUCGAACGAGGACAAGACGCAGGAAUUCAAGAAGGCUGUGAGUCUCCUCGAGUCUGUUCGUGCUGCAUGGAAGGACCCGAAGAAGAACUUGAUUCCUGAUGCAUCUGUGCUGCUCAAUCUCGCACGCUUGUACGAAGUCGAUAACCCGGAAAAGAGUGUGUUAUGUCUUCAGCAAAUCGAGCAGAUAGAACUGGCACAGGCACAAGCUCAGGCGCAGGCCUUGGAUGAGGACAAGGCGACGGAUACUGAAGCUGAAGAAGCCAUGAAGCUUAAGAUCCGUGAGAACUUGCCUCCGCAGCUCCUGAACAACAUGGGCUGCUUCCACUAUCAGGCCGAGAAAUUCGACCUGUCCCGGGAUUUCUUCCAGGCCGCGCUCAGUGCCUGCGUGAAGGCAGGGGAAAGGGAGGAGGCCAUGGACACCGAUGCUCUGGUGACCAGUAUCAGCUUCAAUCUUGGCAGGACAUAUGAGGCCAGUGGGAUGUUUGAUGAAGCCAAAACAGUCUACGAGGGCUUGUUGGGCAGACACGCUGAUUACACUGAUGCACGCACUCGACUGGCAUACAUUGCACUGAAGGAGAGUCCUACCGAUGAAGGCCCAAGGGCAAUUGGCAAGCUCUACCAGGACGCUAGCAACGACCUUGAAGUCCGAGCACUUUAUGGUUGGUACCUUGGCCGCGUCCACUCUCGCAAGCGCGCAUCCGCUUCCCAUAUUCAUGAAGACCCUGAGCUGCGCCACUACAAGCACACCCUUCAGCACCACGACAAGCAUGACCGAUACGCACUCAUCGGCAUGGGGAACCUGUACCUCCAGACCGCUCGCGAGAUGCCGCGUAACUCGGACUCUGAGAGGGCCAAGCGCAGCAGCAUGUACUCCAAAGCCGCCGAGUUCUUCGAGAAGGCGCUGCAGCUUGACCCUAAGAGCGCGUUUGCAGCACAGGGAAUCGCUAUCGCUAUGAUUGAGGAUAAGAAAGACUUCAAGGGUGCCCUGUCCAUUUUCAUGCAGGUCCGGGAGACUGUCAAGGACCCCAACGUCUAUAUCAACCUCGGACACCUGUUUGCCGAGUUGAGACAGUAUAGCAAGGCUAUUGAACACUACGAGGCCGCGCUGAGCAAGAACAGUGGUAGCGACGCGCAGAUUUUGGCCUGUUUGGGCAGGACUUGGUUAGCUAGGGGGAGAGCGGAGAAGGAUCUGAAGAGCUACAAGAAUGCAUUGGAGUAUGCACAGAAGGCACUUGAAACCGCGCCAGAACAGAUCCAUUUCAAGUUCAAUGUUGCAUUUGUGCAGAUCCAGCUUGCGCAGACCAUCUACACCACAGCAGAGUCCGCGCGCACGCUCGCCGAAGUCGAAGCCGCAGCCGCCGGACUCGAAGACGCCAUCGUAUCCCUCGAGGAAAUCGCACAGCACCCACAGACGCCGUACCCGAAGGCCCUGGUCGAGGGACGCGCAAACAUGGCGCGUAACACCAUGCGCAAGCAGCUUGAGCGUAGCAUCCAAUCACAACGCGAGUACGAGGAGAAGAACAAGGAGAAGGUGCGCGAAGCGAUGGAGGUGCGCCAGCGCGAGCUGAAGGAGCGCGAGGAGGCGCGUUUGAAGGCCGAGGAGGAGCAGCGGGAGCGCAAGCGUGUGAUUGCGGAGGAGCGUGCGAAGAUCGCAGAGCAUGAUCGUGCGUUGGCGGAGUCGAGGGCGAGGGAGGCGGAGGCGAGGGAGGAGGCGGAGAUGACAGUUGAUAGCGAGACAGGGGAGAGGGUGAAGAGGAAGAGGAAGGUGGGUAAGGCGGGCGGGAAGAGGAAGAAGAAGGAGGGGGAUGAGAGUGGGGAGGAGAGCGAGACGGGGACGCCGAAGAAGGACCGGAGAGCGAGGAGAAGGGAUGCGGAUGGGGAUGAGGAGAAGCCUAAGAAGAAGCGCAGGUUGGCGAAGAAGGAGAAGCCGAACUCGAAGUUCAAGUCUGCGGAGGUGGUGGUGGAUUCGAGUGAUGAGGGCGAGGGUGGUGGAGGAGGCGAUGACGAUGGAUCUGGGAGCGAUAGAGGCCGGGAUGUGUCCAGCCCUGUUGGCAGCCCGCCGAAACAUGACGACGACGACGACGACGAAGAGGUGGAGCGUGCGCCUGCCAAACGCACCACGAGACGUCGGAUGGUAGAAAGUGAUGAUGAGGAUGAGGAUGUGGCGGAGGAUGCGGCAGAGCCUGAGGAAGGUGUUGGCAUGGGCCGUGACAUGGAGGUUGGGGAGACUGACGCGCCUGGUCUGGGAGGCGACCGUGAUGCAGGCGAUGUACCUAUGGAGGAUGCGGAUGAGAUGCAUGAUGGGGAAGAUUAUGCUGAGGAACGGGAGGGAGAUGUGGAUCGUUGAAAUUGGAAGUAGAUGGGCGUUAUUUGUAUGAUAUGAAUGCAUGAUACUUAUGGAAUGGGGACGGGUCUAUGCAUUCAGUAAAUGUACUGGAUUUGUUGUAGGAAGCACUCGCGUAGAUAAGUGAAGAUAUGGCUACGUAAAAUGGAAUGGAAUA